AUGAAAAGUCAGGAGCUAGGAAGGUUUUUGAGUGUGGGUGCAGCUCUUCUUCUCUUUAUCACAGACUGCCAAGGAAGCAGCGAUGUUUUUAAAAGCCAGAUUGUCAGUUCUGUGCCAUCUGCAGGCAAGAAGAGAAAAGAGAAAGAAAUAAGCAGAUCAACGAAUCCGUGUGUGCCCAAGUCCUCAUCAAAGAGCAAGAAGCGCAAGGAAGAAGACAGCGAUGACAGUGCGGUAACAAGAAAUGCUAGGCUGAUCCAGAGCGAUGAAGUGUUACUGAGGGCCAAGAAGCAGAAAAAUAAGCUGGAGCUAAAAUGCCUAGACAUCGAGCUGUGGAAUGGGAGAAGGUUGAGCAACUCAAGGAGGAAGAAGUACAAGACAUACCACAAGACAAUAUAUACCUACGAUGUUUUGCACGAAAGCCCAGAAGAGGAGGUAAAGUGCGAGUCCUAUCAAAAAUGCCUCAGAGAAGACGUUAAAGAGUUUUCCACAAUAAUUGCGCCCCUGAUAAGACAAAACACCCUCCUGUACUUCAUUGCAAGCAGAACCACAAACGUGCACACAAAGUACAAAGACCUCUGGGGCCUGCAGAGCUGGUUUGACAGUGCAGAUAGCCCAGAAGAUGAGAACAGUGAGUAUAGAAACAUAGUGGAGGGCUUCAAAGGAUACUACCCGGGCAUAUUCAAAGACCUGAUGGCAUAUGUGAGAAAGCACAAGCCAAUGCACACUCUUAAACUCGACCCUUUGACUGUGUGGAGGGAGAGCCUGGGCGAUGUUCACAUGCGAGAGUGUCUUAGCCUAAACUACUCCAUGCUAGCCGAGCAGAAAAAGAUCAAAGACUUUGACAAGAAGUACUCUUCUUUGGCGUAUGCUGUGAGCAUGAUUAUAAUGCUCCCUGAGGUGUACGAAGACUUUUCUAGCAUUAGUGAAGAGUUCAUAGCGAAUACCUAUGCCACAGAGGGAGCAAGUGAAAAUAGCAAGAAAAAAGACCAUCGAAUUGCAGCAGCCAUGCACACGAUAGUGCAAAAGCAUGCAGCAGAGGACGUGGAUGAGAGCGCGUACGAAGAUCUCUACAAUCUCCUUGAAAAGAUAUAUGGCGAAGAAAAAAUGAAAAAGUUCACAAUAGUUGAGCUCUACAGGAAUAUGUACGUAUCUCUUGCGAACUUCUACAAAAAAGUAGCAGUGGUGGAUGAAAAUAAGCAUGUUCUCGUGGGGAAGUGCAUCAUCACAAACCAAAGGUACAUGAAAUGCGAAAUGUCGCUCGGGUCAUCUUUGGAGACUCCUGAUGAAAGUAAAGUAAAGCUUGCAUAUUCGCUUGUGUACAACAGGUGGGACAUUGCACCUGCUACAAAAAAACACUACCACGUGUACUACAUAGACAGCACUGUAACCCAGCCCAAAGUGCUGUGCAUGCCCGUAUAUAAAGAUGCGAGCGGUAGAGAGCACUACUUGCACACGCUUGAUGGGAUAAUAAGCCAUAUCAAGGAGCUGUAUAAGAUGGAAACACUGCUGGGCGAUGUGCAUCCGUACAAGAUGGACAAAAAAACCAAAAAGUGGUCGUACAUAAAGAAAGAGGAGAGAGGCAGGACAAUCAAAGACCUAGAGGAGUAUGAGGUGGUGUUCUACCACAUUGAAGAAGAUUUAAAAACCACAAAGUUUGUUUUUGCAGAGCUCAGGCCUUUAACACCGCACGAUUACGACAGCGUGUGCAUACCGCUCCUUCUCAGCUCCCUGAUGCGGUCUGCGGUGGAGCUGGGGCCCUUUAUCAGAAUGGACGAGCAUAGCGAGCUAGACUCCAUAGAGUUUGAAAAUAAGCAGCCAGAUGUGUACGCAUACGACACAAAGUACAUAGACGCCGAAUACUCAGCUGUAUACAAAUACUACAGCAAUUUGUACAUACUCCCAGAAGAAGAAAUGAAGGAAGGUAUGGACUGCUAUACGAUGGGCUGCAAGAUAGACGACCAGGACAAGAACAACAUCACAGCUGAGUGGUACGUAAGAAUGCCCGAGAGCGUGGAUGAGUACACACACUGCAUACCCGACGAGGCUUUCAAUGAAAAAGAAAACUCAAAAAAGCUAGUGAGACUUAUUGAUGUGCUGGAGUCAAGAGAGCACUGCCAGGGCAGCAAGCUGCAGGGCAUCUGGCUGCACAGCGACCAAGAGGAAAGCGAGAUAGUAGACCAGAGACAGAGGAUAUUCAACUGGCUGGAGAAGGGCCAGGGGAAAACAAGUAGAAUCACGAAAAGUCUGGAGAACAUUAAGCUGGAGAUUAGCAAAGCAGAAGAGAAGCUGGAGGAUCUGAAAAAACAGAGAGAAGCCCUAGAAAAUUCAAACGAUGACAUAAAGAAGAUAAAAAUGGAGAAGAACAUAAUAGGAUGUAAGAAAUUCAGGGCAAAAAGCAACAUAAAAAAGUUGUACAAAGCGGUGUAUGCAAAACUGUCCAAGAAGCCCAACCGCCAGGCAGAGUUUAUAGUGUUUCGGAAUGUAGACGACAGAAACUCCAACCUCGGCCUGCACAACGAGAUUCUUGACGCUUUCAUCUCUUUCUACAAGCGCCAGAAGCCCUGGAAAGGCAAAUAA